GCCCUGUGAGUAAGAUCCGGGCUCAGGGCAGGAUGAAUGCUAAUUUCCAAGAUGGCGGCGGAGGGAGGAGGGAAGGAGAUGAACGAAAUUAAAACUCAGUUCACCACUCGGGAAGGCGUCUAUAAACUCCUCACUCACUCCGAAUACAGCCGCCCCAACAGGGUGCCUUUCAAUUCCCAGGGCUCCAACCCGGUGAAAGUUUCCUUCGUCAACGUCAACGACCAGUCUGGCAACGGCGACAGAAUUUGUUUCAAUGUGGGCCGGGAGCUAUACUUUUAUAUCUACAAAGGCGUCAGAAAGGCUGCUGACCUGAGCAAGCCCAUUGACAAAAGGAUAUACAAGGGAACGCAGCCCACCUGCCAUGACUUCAAUCACCUGACGGCCACGGCCGAGAGUGUGUCCCUGCUGGUGGGCUUCUCGGCCGGCCAGGUGCAGCUCAUCGACCCCAUCAAGAAGGAGACCAGCAAGCUCUUCAAUGAAGAGAGGCUAAUAGACAAGUCGCGGGUCACCUGCGUGAAAUGGGUCCCGGGCUCGGAGAGCCUCUUCCUCGUAGCGCAUUCCAGCGGUAACAUGUACCUGUACAACGUGGAGCACGCGUGCGGCACCGCGGCUCCGCACUACCAGCUGCUCAAGCAGGGGGAGAACUACUCAGUGCACACGUGCAAGAGCAAGUCCACACGCAACCCCCUGCUCAAAUGGACGGUGGGCGAGGGGGCGCUGAAUGAGUUUGCCUUCUCGCCCGACGGAAAGUUCCUGGCGUGUGUGAGCCAGGACGGGUUCCUGCGGGUGUUCAACUUCGAUGCGGUGGAGCUCCACGGGACCAUGAAGAGCUACUUCGGCGGGCUGCUGUGCGCGUGCUGGAGCCCGGACGGCCGCUACAUCGUGGCGGGAGGUGAGGACGACCUGGUGACGGUCUGGUCCUUCUCGGACUGCCGGGUCAUAGCGCGGGGCCACGGGCACAAGUCGUGGGUGAGCGUGGUGGCCUUCGACCACUACACCACCAGCGUGGAGGAGAGUGAGCCCACCGAGUUCAGCGGCAGUGACGAGGACUUCCAGGACCAAAUCCACUUCGGGCGCGACCGGGCCAACAGCACGCAGUCGCGGCUCUCCAAGAGGAACUCCACGGACAGCCGGCCGGUCAGCGUCACGUACCGCUUCGGCUCGGUGGGCCAGGACACGCAGCUCUGCCUGUGGGACCUGACGGAGGACAUCCUGUUCCCCCACCUCCCGCUCUCCCGCACCCGGACGCACACCAACGUCAUGAACGCCACCACCACCACCACCACCACCUCCACCACCACCAACCCUCCCGCGGGCAACAACCCCGGUGCCAAUGGCAACCCCGCCGGCACCGGCACGGGCGUGGCCCCCGGCAACUCCCUCCCCGCGCCGCUUCCCCGCUCCAACAGCCUCCCGCACUCCGCCCCGGCGGUCACCGCCAACAGCAAGGCCAGCGUGGCGGACGGCGCCGUGGCAACGGGCGUCAGCAAGUUCGCCACGCUCUCCCUGCACGACCGCAAGGAGCGGCACCACGAGAAGGACCACAAGCGCAACCACAGCAUGGGCCACAUCAGCAGCAAGAGCAGCGACAAGCUCAACCUGCUGGCCAAAACCAAAACGGACCCCGCUAAGACCCUGGGGACGCUGCUGUGUCCCCGCAUGGAGGACGUGCCCUUGCUGGAGCCACUCAUUUGUAAAAAGAUUGCGCACGAGAGACUCACUGUGUUGAUCUUUCUGGAGGACUGCAUAGUCACAGCCUGCCAGGAGGGCUUUAUUUGCACAUGGGCGAGGCCUGGCAAAGUGGGUUUGCUGUCAUCCCAAAACCAAGCCAACUCUCCCAGCGGGACUGUAGUAUAGCCACCGUAUUUCUGCUGCUAAGCAAACCCACAGUCACAGAGACACAGUGACGUCGCCAGAGCCUGGCUCUGCUCCGCACCUGCACCGCAUCGCAACGAUUUUUCUUUUCUUUCUUUUGCAUUCUGUUGUUCUAACCCCCCCCCCUUCCCCCCCCCCCCCCGACACACACACACACACACACACACACACACGCACGCACACACAAACGCCUCCCUACGUGUGUAGAAAGCGGCAGAUGCAAGACAAAUGGGUGAGGUGCAAUUGUGAAUGACUGUUGGGUGGGUUUCAGGGUGGGUGUGUUGCAGGGGGGUGGCAGAUGAUGGUUAGGAUUUUGUAAUUGUUUUUUCACCCUUCCAUUCUCAGACACUCCCAUAUGUGCCCACCCCCCCCCCCCCACCCCCAAAGAAAAAAAAAAAACUUUGGUCUGAGUGAGUCGUCAACAAACCAAUCCAAGCCCAGCAGUUCCCCCAUCCGCAUUCGCCAUCUCAGAAGGUGGCAUGAGCCAGUCAGGCCACAGUACUAAAGAGAGCCAGAAAACAAACAUUCUGCUUUCAUAGAAAAAAAAAAAAAACUUUUCUCGGUUGAACCUUUUUUUAAUUUAAAUUAGAAUAUCACAGUUGGGUAUUUUGCACUGAUUUUUUUUUCUUUUUUCUUGUUUCUUUUUGUUAUUGCUGUUUGUUUUGUUUUAUAAUUGAGAUGGAACAACUUGGGUUACAGCAAGUCGCGUGUGGCUUGGAAUUCUGAAUCUGAGAGCUGGAUGCUGCAAUCAUGGUUUUAUAAAGAAAAAGAGAAAAUUGUUUGCACUUAAUAGUUUGUUAGAACAGAAUGGCUUUACAAUUUUUUGGGUGAGCGAAGACUCCAAACAGCUAUAAGGUGGAUAAAAUAUUAAAGAAUUAAAACCUUUGUAUCUAUUGGACAUUUAUUUUAAUAUUGUUUCAGAUUAAAAUUGGCUCUGUAUAUUAUGUAUAAAUAUUGUAAUUCAAGUGAUUGAUGGGGCAAAAAUGAUCAUUACACUAGUGGAAGUUCAUCUUCAUUAAAGAAAAAAUAGUGAUAUUUCUAAUGCAGACAAAUAUAUACAUAUUAAUAAUAUUAAAACGAAUCUUGAAUAUGCAGGUUUUUGUUUUUUCUUUUCUGUUGUAUAAAAGAGAUCAUUGAAAUGUAUUUUCUUAAAUGUUGGUAUAGGAGACAUCUUUGUAUCAAACGCUCUUAUCUCCAAGAUGAAGCUAAAACGCUUACUUAUUGUUACAGAUUCAUUAAAUGUACAGAAGGCUGGCACAGAGCAACAGUUGAACUCAGCAUAUAUUUGAAGCUCAGGAAGUCUAUGGCAGACUACAAAAAACAAAGGAAAAAAUAUGAAACAAAAAAAUUAUUAAAAAUUUGCUUAACAUCAGCAAUGCUAUUCUAUGUAACGUUAAGUAGCAGCCGCAAGGAACAACUAGGUUCAAGGUCCCACAAUGGGACCUUUUUCCAUAUGACACUAUUAAAAACAGUUUUCAUGUA